GAGGCUCCUGCGGGUCCUUCUCCCCUGUGCAUAUUCUCCAGAUCCACCCCCAUGCCUCUGACGCCCCACGAUGGAUGAGUCAGAUGAGGACUUCAAGGAGCUGUGUGCCAGUUUUUUCCAAAGGGUGAAAAAGACCACCAAGGAUGUGGCUGGGGAAAGGAAGGCACAGAAGGCGGUGAAUGGCGCCCAGCCGAGACGCAAACCACAGAGGGUCAGACAGACUCUGAGCAAGAGCACAGCCCUUCCAGAGCCCAUCGAGAGGAAGUGUCUGUCCAGCACCAAAGGCCCCAAGAGGAGAAAACCAGGCGCAGCACAGGGAAGCCAACCAACUCCACCAGAGAAUGGGGAUGCAAGUGUGCUUGCUUCCGCCACACCCCUGGAGUGCAGGAACACCUUGACAGAGUGUGGCCCCAGCAGUGAGGCCCAGCCCCCUCCUUCAUGUCCACGGGAAACAAAUCCCCCCAAACCCUGUGCAGCCGAGCUGGUCGUACAGCGCAUGCAGCAGUUCAAGAGAGCGCACCCCAGGCGUCUGAGACACACCACUGAGGAGGGGGUCUCCCUGGAGGCCACCCUUGAAGAUGAGGCCCCAGAACCACCCGGAGAGGAGCCCACGGCAGGGCCCGGCUUUGAGCUCCCUGCCUCAGAAAUCGAUGAUGGUGCAGUGGCCAGGGCUCUGCAGCAGGAGCUGGGGCAGGAACGAGAGCCUCCCCCCAGCAGCAGCCUGGAGGAGACUGGACUGUUUUUCUGCCAGAUGUGCCAGAAGGACCUGUCUGCCAUGAACCUGGUACGCCGGGAGCAGCACUUGAACAGGUGCCUGGAUGAAGCUGAAAAGGCUCAGAGACCUCCGGUGCCCCCAGUCCUGGAAUGUCCAAUCUGUGGCAAACCCUGUCUUACUCCCAAGAGCCGGAUCAGCCACUUGAAGCAGUGUGCCGCGAAGAUGGAGGUCAGCCCUCGGCUCCUGGUGCAGGCUGUGCAGUUGCAGACAGCCCAGCCCGAGGGUGCCAUGGCCCCAAGCACCCCAGCCUCCAGCAGUCAUGUGGGAGGUCUGAGGAGGAAGGGACCCCCCAACAAGGAGCCACGCAAGCGGCAGAAAGUCGGACAUGAGCCCCCAUCUGAGGAUUUGCUGGUGGCCAUGGCACUAUCCCUCUCUGAGAUGGAGCAGGAGACCACACCUGCCGCCCUCAGACUGGGUGGCACAAAACUGGGAGCAGCCCUAGAGAAGAGGGGCCGCAGGAAGAGAGGCCCCAUGUCCCCACCUCAGCUGCUGGUACAGGACCCGGAAACCACCGGCCGCCAGUUCGAGGACCGAGUGGCCCAGCUACUGUCAGAGGAGCCUGUGGUAGCCAGCACCCCCUCAUUGCCCGCCAGCAGGAUUCUGGAGACGCUGGGCACUGCCAGCUGGUGUCUGCAGAAGCAGGCAGGGAUGCCUAACUUCCUGUGGGAGGGCAGUGCCCUCUGCCAGGGCUGGCCUCCCGCCGCCUUCUACUCCACCCACCUUGGCCCAUCCCUCAGGCCCAAACCUGUCUGGGCUGCCCCUCAGAAGCCUGCACUGCCAGGGCCCCAGAGCCCCUGCCCUACAGAGACCCCGUCCCCAUCAGCCAGCCAGAGGGAACAGCAGGCCCUGCAGGACCUCGUGGAACUGGCAAGAGAAGGGAUGAACAGCAGCCAGUGGCCCUGCAGUGGGGGCUCAGGAAGGGCCACAGGGGAGCACUGGGAGCCUGACUGCCUUCCACUGACCGGGUUUGUACCACCCUCCAAGGAACAGCACCCAGGCCAGGAUGGUGGAGCUUCUUCGCUAAGACAGGCCACUCUGGACAGGCUGCUGGCUGAUUUCCGGGCCAUGGUCAACAACCCCCACCUGAGCGAUGUGCAGUUCCAGCUGGACAGCGGGGACCUGCUCUAUGCCCACCAGUUCGUGCUCUAUGCCCGCUGCCCGCUUCUCAUGCAGUUUGUAAACAGCGAAGGCUUCCUGGCCAUGGAGGAUGACAAUCUGAGAGUCCAGCGUGUGCUGCUGAGCGACACCAGCACAGAGGCCGCCCGAGUUUUCCUGCACUACCUCUAUACCGCAGACACCAGCCUUGUUCCUGAGCUGGCCACUGACCUGAGCUCCCUGGCACACAGGUUUGGCAUCCCUGAGCUGGUGCACCUGUGCCAACAAGCCCUUGCUGUGGCUGGCACCAAGAUUGGGCAGCAGGAGGAGCAGGAGGGCAGCGUUGGCCCAGCUGAGAGCUUCCAGGAGCUGCUGAGGUCUGUGUGGAAGGGGGAGGCGGAAGAGACCGAGGAAACAGCGAAGGAAGCAUGUGAGGAAGACGGAGAGAAAGUGAACGAUGCGGACAUAGAUGAGAUCUAUGAAUUCGUAGCUACCCAGCGGAAGAUGCUCCGGGAUGAAGCCGGUGUGGAAACAGAGGAGAGGGAGCCGAUUGAGGAGGAGAACCUGGGCCAGGUCCUGCUUCCAGAGCCCUCAGCAGGCCCCCUGGGGAUGGAGUCACCUGAGAGAGCAGGCAGGGAGGCCCCAAAGGAAGAAGCCGGCCCCUGCAGUCCCUCGAGCCCUGUGGGAGGGUGCAAGGCCAUGGGUGAGGAGCAGCCCUUUCCUUCGCCAGGGGACCCUGGAGUACCCAAGACUUGGAGUGAGCAGAAAGUGGAGCGCAGCAAAGCCUGGAACAAUCCUCACCAGCAGACACCCGCAGUGUACCCCUGCCUCCUCCCAUCACAGUCCCCACCUCACACACACUCAGGGGACUCGUCCACCCCUGUACCCUUGGCACAAGAAGACGCUUCCAUGGCGCACACCCAGAACUCACCGUCCUGGAAGAAGAGGCACAGAGGGGUCUCUACCCAGCCUAAAGAGCCAGUGCGUGAGAAAGGUCGGCAGCAAAGCUAUUCUUGGGAGUGCAUGAAUAAGGGGGCUCCGGUUUCCCCAGAACCGUCGCCCUCCAUCGACUUGACCCAGUCGAAGCCCAGCCCUGGGGGCAGCAGGCCAGGGAUGGCUCCAUUGGGUGGGAGCAGAAGUGACGAGGUGAUCCUUCUGUUGGACUCAGAUGAAGAGUGGGAGCUAGAGCAAAACCAACACAAGGCAGAAGGAAGGAGUGUUCUAGAAGACAGCUCCAAAUCCUGCGAAUUGUUCCCCAUCAUCGAUGUGGACUCUGAUCCAGAAGACCUCAGGAGCCCAGCUGCUGGGGAGGCAGAUGGAGCAAGCCCACCGCUCUUCCAGGACCCCGAUGAGGCUGACAUCACAGAGUCCUCGUGGCUGGUGCCUGCCACCCCACUGGCCAGCAGGAGCCAGGAUUGCACCUUACACACUCGGUUGUCUGGGCAACCAGUAGGAGAAAGUGACAGGCCCAAGGCCACGAAGUUGUCACCAGUACGUCCAAACCCAGUGACCCCAGGAAGCUCCAAUAGCAGAGGGCGGCGCCGCAGAAUUUUUGACAAUCCCCUUCCCCACUGCCACCAACACUGCUCCCCAGUGGCUCCCCCUCCCGAUUCGGGGGGCCUCCCCAGUCUUUCCCCGCACUUCCAGUCCCCCAUACGUAGCGCUCCAGGUGAUGCCACAGCCAGUGAAGUAGUGGAAGUGGAAGACAGUGAGGAUGAGCAGGAGAUGGCUUCCCGCCAGGCCCACAGCAGCCCUCUGGCCGACGGUGACUCCCCCAUCCCAUCUGACUGCUGCUGGCAUGUGGAGCCCCUCUCGCCAAUCCCCAUCGACCACCUAAACUUGGAAUGCUCAGGACCCCUGAGCACCAGCAGCCCUGGUGGCAGGGCUAGGGAGGCCGGGCCCAGUGGUGCUGAGCACUCGCCAGCCCCACUCAGUACCACUCCAAUCCGGGGCAGUUGCCCUGGCCCCAGGGGUUCUUGGGCGAGACAUGCCAGGCCCGGCUCCCCAGGGAGCAGCAGGCCGAGCUUUCUGAACUCCUCUCUGUGGGACAGCUGGGAUGGCGAAGAGCAGAGGUCUGCAGAGCUCCCGGUGCUGGCCAGGACCCCGACUCGGACGUCUGGACGUUUCGAGACACCAAAAGGUGCUAAUCAGAAGUUGCCCCCAAAGGUGCCCAUAACACCCAUGCCAAGGUAUUCCAUCAUGGAGACCCCAGUACUGAAGAAGGAGCUGGACAGGUUCGGGGUUCGCCCUUUGCCCAAGCGCCAGAUGGUCCUAAAGUUGAAGGAGAUUUUCCAGUACACACACCAGACGCUCGAGUCGGACUCAGAUGAUAGCUGCCAGGCACUGUGUGGCCAGGCCUGCACCACCACGGCCUCUGAGGCCUCCAGGGCAGCUGGCUGUGCCCAGCCAGAUGCCACCACAGGGCUUGUCCCCCAAAUGUCCAAGGACCCUGCUAAGACCAAAGGCCCCCAAAGUCUGAGGCAGCAGCAGAGGGAAGACUUUGCUGCAGAGGGGAUACCUGGAGUCCCUGAUGAUGACAUCCAGCUCUCUGCCUCACAGGAGUCCACAGCUGCUUCCGUAGCCAGCAGCGACACCUUCAGCUCCCACAGUUCCUCUGGGGAGUUUGGCACAGCCUUUGAGUCCGUGGAAGAGGAUAAGGAGGGCGUCAGUGCUUCUCAGGUGGCCAUGCAGACAACAGCCAUGGAGGAGGCUGUGAGCCGCUUCAUCUGCUCCCAGCCAGCCCUCUACCGCAAAGUGCUGCAGUACCAACCACUGGAGUUGGCAGUGCUGCAGGCCGAGCUCAAGCAGCAGGGCAUCCAGGUGGCCACAGGAAGGCUGAUGGACUUCCUGGAUGCCCACUGUAUCACCUUCACCACGGCUGCGGCCCGCAAGGAAAAGGCCAGGCAGAAGGGGCAGCAGCCUGGGGUCAAGAAGAAGGGGCGAAAACCUGGCAGGCCCCGGGCCCCUUCCUCACCUGUCGCCUCCAGCAGCCAGAGGCCUAUGCUCCCUGUGGGAUCACAACACCCUACCUGAGCUGAGCCCAGUUUCCCAGACUGGGGGAGCAGACUGGGGGAGCAGUGGACCAAGGGCUCCUCAACUGCCUGAGUCUGUCCUGAAAUGGACUUGCCACCCCAGGUUUCGUCACCAGCAGUCUGUCAGAGACCCAGGCAUGUGCCAGCCUCCAAUUCUCUGUGAAUAUCCUCCUGUGUUUUGUAUCAUGUGCAAUAAAAGUUUUCAGACCUGC